AUGAGGCGCGCGGAGCUGCUGAUCGCCUGCUUCCUGCUGAAAGUUGCGUUGUGCGACGUGGCCGGUGAGAGCGCGAGGCUGUCCGGCUCCAACGAGUCCCGGGGAGACGGCGGCGGAGGCGGCGGAGGCGGCGGCGACGACGAGGACGAGAGCGCGCUCCCGGAGCCUCCGCACACGGAGGACAAGUGCCGCGGCUACUACGACGUGAUGGGCCAGUGGGACCCGCCGUUCGUGUGCCGCACGGGCAGCUACCUGUACUGCUGCGGCACCUGCGGCUUCCGCUUCUGCUGCGAGUUCAAGGAGUCGCGUCUCGACCAGCGCGCCUGCACCAACUACGGCACCCCGCCGUGGUCCAUGACGGGCAGACCGCCACCCAAGAGCACCGACCCGGCGCACGACCCCACCAGGGACAAGACCAACCUCAUCGUCUACAUCAUCUGCGGGGUCGUCGCCGUCAUGGCCCUGGUCGGGAUUUUCACCAAACUCGGGCUGGAAAAGGCGCACCGACCGCACAGGGAGAACAUGUCCAGAGCGCUGGCGCAAGUCAUGCGACACACAUCAGGAGAGGAACACGAGGAGAGCCUGGCUGUGCAUGGACAGCCGUACGAAAACCUGCAGGCCAGGACCACAGGAAAUAACCUGCAAAGCAACCAGAUGAACAGUGUAGGUUCAGGAUCAAGCCUCAUGCAGGCAAUGCCCCAGUACCCGACGCUGGGUCAAGUCUCUCACACCUAUGAGCAACCCCAGUCUGUCAAGGAGCUCAACAAAUAUGCAUCGCUGAAAGCAGUAGCUGAGAAAGCUAAUGAGAACUUUUACACAAAUCGGAGGCACGGAGCGGAAUUGACGACCAAGGCAGGCACACUACCGCUGCUCCCAGUGCAACUUGAGCCAGAGCCAACCAACCCUUACGGCCCAGAGUUGACUUGCCAAAAACAAAACGGACACAAGGCCAAGAGCGUUAGGGUGUCGGGCUCACACCCGCUGCCUUACAGCUCCAACACCAUUUCUACUCCGGGCAUGCUGAGAAGCCGGGAGGGAUCAGACGUACUUGGGCGUCGUCACACGUAUGCCCCAAAAAAGCACAGCACACUCCUGGAGCAGGUCAAUGAGCUGAGCUCAAACAGCCAGCAUUACUUGCCCCCCCACCCAUACUUCAUCAGCAACAGCAAGACCGAGGUCACAGUGUGAGAGGUAUGACGUAGGCAGCUGAUCUGAGCCAUACUAGAGGAAUGAAGAAGACGGGAGAAGAAGAUUUCAAGAGGUCUGAGAGUUUUAUUCUCUUAGGGGCCUGACAUCGCCAGAGCUACAGUACAUCUGGCCUCUGCCUGGGGCCCAUGUGAGGAGCUGUACUUUUUUUUUUUUCUUUUCAGGAAUGACUGUGCAUGAAAAAGAUGGUGUAGGACUCCGUCCAGAGAAACAAGUAGUAUAUUUUAUAAUCUGUACUCUGUCUGUUUCAUUAUAAUGCAAUUUAAUGGUAUAGUUCUAAGCUUAUGACACAAACAAACAGUCGAGAAGAAGAGUAUGAAAUGGUAGUUUAAGAGUUGCACUCAUCUUCAGUGCAUUAUGGGAACAGUGGGAGUCUGUUCAGUGUGUUUGUAAUACUGUGUACAGUUCUGGGAAACAAGUCUGAGUAGCUCAGACUCAAAUGGGUUAUAAACCCACCAAUUCUGGAUACAUUUUUUUCUUUUUCUUCAUUUUUUUUUGCCGAGUUCAUUUUGAUAUUGUCAUUGAACGAUGUGUAACAAAACCACUGUAACAUCUGGUAAACCUGCGGUCCAUGCUAGUCCAUCAAACCGAAAAAAACGUUGCGCUUAUUUUAACGUAAUUAUAGUGUUUUGUCAAAAACAAUGAUGAAUAUAUAGGGCUCAAUUAUCAUGCAGAUGUAAGUGUUGUUUGUGUAUUUAUGCCAGCCAGUUGCCAUUUUAGUUAGACAUUUUUAUUACAUGUGCUCAUGUUAGCUCACUGUUGCUACUUUGAAGGUCAUAAAUGAAUGAUGGCAGAAUUGCGAAAAAACUGGGUGUGACAGUGCAGUGGUUAUUUUAAACCCCAAAUCAUGUGCAUUAUUACCCUCCUGAGAAUAUUAGUCUUGUCCAUAUUUUCCAGGCUUGUUUUUUGGAUGACCACUAUUUAUAUCACUCCACUUGAACAUAAAUAGGCCACCUCACCUAAAAGCUCACAAAGUACAACAGAGUUAUUUAUUUUAUCCGUAUCAGUAAGAAUGCUUGUUUUAAAUGUAGCGCACCUGUACAGCCAUACCGAGACCUUCAACAAAGUCAAACUGACAGUGAUGUAGUGUUUUCUAUAAAUAGCUUCACACCGUGGCACAUCAACAGUCUGUUUAUAGGCUGUGUGAUGACUUCUGUCACCCAGUAGGUCUCUGCUUAGACAAGGCAAGCACCAAGACUCUUUGAGCUCUGACAGAUGAAUAACUUACCUGAUGAACUGGACUUUUGGUUCAAAUACUACCAUAAGGAUACUAUCCUGGAUGCAUUA